CGCGAAGGCUCUCCGGUUGGAGACGGCGGGGGCGGCCCCGUUCCUGACCCUUCGGCGCUCAGGCAAAUGUCUGAAGGAGUCUCGCGUAGGUCAGAGGUGGAAUGGAUUCAUCUUCAUCAACAAAAUUUCUAAACAUAGAUGUGAAGAUAACUAAUAUAUAUUACCAUCCAAAUGAAGUCCUUGUAAAAUUUCAAGGCCAAUAUAACACAGAAUGUGAGUUUGAUUAUCACAUAUUGCAAAGAGAAAUACAGCAAGUACCAAAAGUGAGAGACUCUGUUGCUGUUGGUGAGUUCUGUUUAGUCGAAGACUCGGAUUGUGGAGAAUGGUUCAGAGGAAGAGUAAUACAAAAAAGACAUGACACCUGUGAAGUAUUUUUUAUGGACAAUGGGAAAAUACUGGCAGUGCAUGAAACUCACCUUGCAUCUCCCAUUGAUGAAUUGUUUCAGCUUCCUCCAAAGAUGGUUUGUGGAAUUUUUGCAAAUAUACUUCCAAUUGAAAAAAAAUGGACUGCUAAAGCUUUUAAUUACUUUUCAUCCUUGAUAGGUUUGCAGAUUAAAGGUCAUAUACAAGCCAUUCUGCCACACCAAACAUUUCUUCUUGAUGUGCCCAAAAUUGCUAACGAUGUGGUGGAAUUCAGAUUAGGAAAACUUGUUGAUGUAGAUACUUUCCAUCUUAUUGUUGAAAUGUUAACUGAAUUUCCACAUGAGCCUCUUUGUAAACAAAUGCCAGAUUUACUGCCAGCGAAAGAUACAAGGCCAGGAUCUCUAUGUUGCGGUGCUGGAAUUCAACCAGAUAUUCAACCAGUUCUAAGUAAUCUUCAACCAAUUUUAUCUAUUGGAGCCAUAGAGAAAGUAAAAAUAUCAGUAGCAGUUAGUCCCAGUAAAUUUUAUUGCCAGUUACUUCGACAACAGAUACAGCUGGAUAAAUUGACAAUAGGCAUGUCUUCCUAUUAUGAAACUAUUAGCAAAGUAAAACUUCCAUCUUGUGACAGUCUUGGAGUCUUUUGUGCAGCUAGACGAAAAAAUGGUCAGUGGCAGAGAGGAGUAAUACAGCAGCUACUUUCUGAUAACAAAGUGAAGAUUUGGUUCAUGGAUUUUGGCAACUAUGAAGCUGUGCCUUCUGAGUGUAUUUUGAAGCUUCAGCCAGAAUUUAUUUCAGUCCCUAUGUUUUCAUUUCCUUGUGCUCUAUCAUGUCUUAGUGAUCAAGAUGGAGCGGUAAGAAAUGCUCAGCUAGAAGAAUUCAAGGAAGCUCUAUUAACACAACAGGCUAUUUUGGCCCAUAUAGACCUGUUCAGUAGUAAUGAAUACUUACAUUAUGUUACAUUAUGUAAAUGUGCAUUGUCAUUGACAAGUGAAUAUCUACCUUGGGACAAUGACGUGGUUCCAAAACACUAUCCUUUGUAUAACACAGAAGUCUCUUGCCCAGGUGGGAAUGUACAGAAUUCUAGCGUGAACUCUGUCUUGGCUGAGAAUGUUUACAGUACUACUCAACAGUCAAGUCAUUCGAAUCAAAAGGAUACUCAUUUACUGUGCUCCCCUUUAACAAUCCCUUGCAAAAGAGCAGAAAUGAAAAUAGAUUCAGUCUGUGUUGCUUUUGCAGUUUAUGUUUUGAAUCCAUCAAAUUUCUGGGUGCAAAUGAAUGAUUUCUUAGAUGAGUUUGAAGCCUUAAUGAAGAAAGUUGCAGAUGUUUAUGAUAUAAAUGAAGUGAAUGAUAAAAUUCUAGAAAACCCAGAGCCUGGAAGGCUAUGUUGUGCACGGUAUGGCAAGGAUAUGCAUUUUUAUAGGGCUGUCAUUACACAAAUCGUAGACAAUAACGUUGAUGUUUAUUUUUUGGAUUUUGGGAAUACUGAAACAGUGCCACUAUUUGAUGUGAGGAUUUUGCUUCCAGAGCUUCAAGAAUUACCAGCUUUAGCCAUGUGCUGUACACUUGCUAAUGCAAUUCCAGUUGAAGAUAUAUGGAUUAAAAAAGAAAUAGAUUUCUUUAAAACAAUUGUAGUUGAUAAACCAAUCACUCUGCAUGUUAUUGCAAAACAAAAGGAUAAUUACAUUGUCAACGUGCAGUGCAUGAAUAGCUCCGAGCAAAGUGAUGUUCUCAGGCUUAUGGUUCAGGCCGGAUGUGCAGAAUAUUGGGAGGUAAAACAAGAUCCAUUUCUGAAAGUUGUAAGUGAUUCUCAAGUACACAGCUCAAAAAAAUGCAAAAAUACAAAAAUACGAAGUAAAAUAGCUAUUCAGAACAAUAAAAUACUGAUACCUAAAAAUACUGGUCAGAAUAAAAAGCUGCUGAAUACUCAGGUUGUGACAAAGGAGAAUACUAGUGUUUCCCCACUGUGGAAAAGCAUACUUUCCGAAAAAUAUGGGAAAAUGUUUGGGAAAACAGAUAGAGUAGAAUUCUAUAAAGAGUACAGAUUUAAACCAGGUUCUGUAUUAGAUAUUGUAUGUUGUCAUGUUAUUUCACCAGGCAACUUUUUAUGUCAGAUACAAAACAAGCUACCUGAGCUAAAUAAUAUGAUGGAAGAAAUUCAGAAUUUUUACAACACUCAGAAAAGGCCAUAUGAAAGUGGAAAGCUUGUCUGUGUUGUGAAAUAUUCUACAGAUGGAAAGUGGUACAGAGCUGUUGUACUGAAACAUGUAUCCAAAACUGAAAUUGAUGUAAUGUUUGUAGACUAUGGUAACAGGGAAAGAGUUUUGCUGAAAGAUCUUCAGGCUAUUCAUCCAGACUUCCUGAUUUUGGAAUGCCAAGCAUUCAGAUGUUGUCUUAAUAGUGUCACUGAAUCCUUAAUAUUUGACCCCUAUGAUUGGACUGCUGAGAUAUGCAGUGAUUUUAGAAGAUUUGUUUCAUCUUCCAAUGGACAACUGAUUUGUUCAAUUUGUGCUCUGGUUUUUAAGACUCCCAACUAUUUAUGUUACAUCGUUGAACUGAAGACUCCAUUUACUAGUUUAAGGCAAUUUCUCUUUGGAAGUGGCCAUAUACAAAUUUACCCUUUUGAAUGUGCGAGAUCUCUUAUAACAUCAUUUUCUCUAUGUAGCUUUUAUUAUUCAUCUUUUAAUAUGGAAAUUGGAAAUGAAGAGGAAGUAUAUGUAACCUAUAUACAUAGCCCUACAAAAUUCUAUUGCCAGUUGAAUAGAAAUGCAGAUGACAGAGAGAAAAUAUUUAAACAGAUUUCAGAAAUUAGCCAAAUAACAAGACAUACAGUCCAAAUAAAUGCUUACAGUUUAUGCAUAGCAAAAUAUUCUGAAGAUGGCCUCUUCUACAGAGCUUUAGCAUCUCCUGUGGAGUCAUCAGAUUACUGGCCAGUAUAUUUUGUGGACUUUGGAAAUAAACAAUUGGUAGCAAAAGAGGAAUUGGUUCCUAUUCCAAAUAAUGCUUCAGAAUUAAUGUUCACACCUAUGCAAGCUAUCAAGUGUUAUCUGUCAGAUCUAAAAGAUGUUGAAAUUCCAUCUGAAAUAAAAGUGUGGUUUGAAAAAAAUUAUUUGGGAAAGGAGUUGAAGGCAGUAAUAGCAUCUAAGGAAUCUGAUGGGCAGUUUGGUAUGGAGUUGUAUGAUGGAGAACUACAAAUAAAUGGAAAGAUUAAAGAUUUACUGAAGCAUAUAAAUUGUGAUCUGAACCCAGAGGAUAUAAAAAAGGGUUUUAAAAAGUGUGUUGGAAACAAACAUAGGGCAUAUAAAAUAAAGUUGGAUAUAGAUAAAACAAAAGUUAAAAGUAAAGUUGGAAGGCAAACAGAAGCAGACAAAGUUUCUUGGACUCAAAAUGAUAAGUUACCUGUUAAAUAUGGAAACAAAGUAGUAAUUGGCCAACAGAAACAGAACAGUAGACCCACAUCAGCUUUGGAAAACACAGAGUCCAUUUUGGAAGACAUUUUGCGGCACAGAUCUAGACCUGCUUACGCUAUUGAUCAGCCUAGUGUGCAGUCAAAGAAUAUUAAAGGUAACAGAAAAUUAAAUACUUUAGGACAAAAAAGAAGCAACAAAACUAGGCAAAAGUACACAAAUCUUCCCCAACUUGAUAUUCAUCUAAAUUCUAAAGUUUGGGGUUAUAUUUCUUACGUAGCUAAUCUUUCAAGUUUCUAUGUUCAUCGUUCAGAGGAUGAAAAUAAAAUUGUGCAGCUUGCUGGGGAGCUGAAUGGAGGAACACUGCUUAUAGAGCCAGAAAUAGAUGCUGAACUUGAGAAAGAUGAUGUUGUUUUAGCAGAGUAUGAAGGUGAUUGUUGCAUAUACAGAGCUUUAGUUAGAGAAGUCAUAGCCGAUAAGUUUUUUGAAGUAGAGUUUAUUGACUAUGGUAACGUAGCAACUGUGAAUUCAAAAAAAAUCUACAAAAUAAAAAAGAGUUUCCUCAACUUACCAAGACUCAGCAUACAUUGCUCCCUUAGAAAUGCAAAGUGCUUGUUUUCAGAUAAAAACUGGAGUACUGAUAUGGAUGCCUACUUUAUCAGUCGAGUAAAUAAUCAGCCAGUCAUGAUUGAGUUUCUACAACAGUAUGACCAACAGUGGGAGGUUGAUAUAAUCUGUCAUGGAGUAUCUGUGAGUGAUGAAUUAAUGGAGAGAGAAAUCCUUUUAGGUAUACAGAACAUGUUUACAUUAAACCUUGACAACAAUGUGAAGCAACUCCCAAUAAUAGAUUCAGAAACUGAUAGUAAUGACCCAAAUAAAAAAUCAGAAAGUCAAACUUUGUGUAAAACUUUUAAGAUCAGACCUAAAAUUGGCUGCCAAAAUAUAAAGCCUGGAGAUUUAGAAAUAGCUGAAAUUGGUCAUAUUUCAAGAAAUGGGAACUUCUAUGUGAAGUUAAUUAAGGAUGGACAAACAAUGCUCAAUUUAAAUGUAAUGGUUGCCCAAGAGGUAAAGAACAAGUGUUUCAUUACAGUGGAAAAGAUUAAAGAAGGGUUAGAAUGUUUGGCAAGAUCAAAAGAAACCUUGAAAUGGUAUCGAUCCAAAGUUAUUAAAAAAUACAUGAAGGAGAAAUGUAUGUUGGUUCUUUUUGUGGAUGUGGGAAAAUAUGAAAUGGUGUCACUGCAUGAUACACAUGUGCUGAGUGAAAAAAUAAGGAGUAUUCCCAGGAAUGCAGUGCUUUGUAAAUGGAUUUGGUUUGGAAAUCUACAUGAAUUGUCUUUUGAGCGAAUGAUGAAGGCGAUCAAGUGUUGUGAGAUAAAGAUUUUAUUUUUGAGAUACUUGGAAUCUGCUUUUAUUUGGGAAGUAGAAAUUUUAAUAGAUGGAAUUUUAUUUAUGGAAUAUUGGAAUAAAAUAUCUUACCAAACAAAGUUAGAGAGACAUAACUUACUGGAAAUUGUUAAUGUGAGCAAAUCACUUGCUCUCUUGGUUGGGUCAAGUUCAAUUUCAUGGGUACAAUUUCAGAAGAAUAGGCACUAUCCUGGGUUUGUCACUUCAGUCACCGAUCCUUCAAACUUCUGUAUCCAGUUAGAAGAUUCAUUUAAAACUCUGAAAGCAUUGUUCAAACUGCUCUCUGAUCUUCCAGAAAACCUCCCAACUAUGCCACAAGAAUGUGUAGUUCCUGGUGCCAGCUGCUUAAUGAAAAAUGGACCUAAUGGAAAAUGGAACAGAGUUGAAGUGUCUGAAGUGCUCAAAGACUCUGAUACAUUAAUACUUACUUUUAUUGAUGAUGAUGGGUUAUCAGCUCCCAUUCCCAUCUGUGAUAUUCCUAAGCUGAAGGUUAUUCCAGAAAAACUGGCUAGUUUACCACGAUUAACCUAUCCUUGCUCCUUGUUUGGAGUGACACCUACUGACGGGAAACACUGGAAUGAUGAGGCCAAACUUAAAGUUCAAGAAUUUCUUGGUAGACAAGGUCUCACAUUCCAGGUCAAGCAGCUUCCUUGUGGACUAAAGCUAGAAGUAGAUGUUUUUUGUGAGCAAAACAAUGCAGCCAAUGUAUUGGUUGCUUCUGGUUGUGCUUUGUAUUCUGAAGCUGCAUCCUUUGGAUCAAUUAGUCCUGAGCUUCAUCUAUGGAAUUCACAUGUUGUUUGUGAUCCACUUCAGAUCUGCAGUCAGGAGAGCUCUGAAGCACAGAUUGCCUUAAAUAAAGAUGAUAAAGGUCCACAGAAUUCAGUUUCUCCAUUGAAGUGUGUUGAUUGCAAAAAUUUAAAGAAGAACAGUGCAAAGAAUGGCAAAAUAAAGAAGAACAGCGCAAAGAAUGUACGUUGUAAGAAAAAAGGCUGGCAGAAGACUUCUUUGCAUAGCAGUAGAAGAAACUAUGGAAAUCUGCAUAACAGUGAUGAGAAAUUAUUUAAUCAAUGUUGCGACCGAGAACAACUCAACCAAACAUAUUCUACAACCAUAUCAAAAGCUUCUCACAAGUUGCUUUUUGGCUCCAAGAGUGCUCAGAUCCAGAGUCAUGAAGAAAAUUGAACACGUAUUCACAGG